AUGACGGAAAGCACAGCGGGCAGUCGACGACAAGAUGGCGCUCCAGCAACAACAAACGAUAGCGGUAACAAAGCAAAAAUUGAUCCAACGGACGAUGGCACUGAGACGGGACGAAGUACACCAGAAAGCAGUAAAAGCACGGGACAAAAUUCAGUGGUAUCCGAGGAAAGCGGUAAUAAUGAUCGAGUGCAAACGGUUGAAGAAUUCAAAAAUCUUAUGUAUAAGAUGCAGGAAACGCGACGAAACAUUGUUGCUGCACUACUGAAUGAGAAAGAAUUGAAAAGUGAAGAUGUGGAAACGUUGCAGCAUACCUAUGAUAAACUUACGGACAGGCAUACACGUGCAUUCCAACGUGAAAUGUGCACCCUGACAGCAAAACUAAGCCUGAACAUCAAAGAUGAAACACGAGGCCUCGAGAAAGAUUUGAAAUAUCUUCGUCAACUACUGCAAAUUCGCGCCGAUGAGCCAAGUAUAUCUUGGCCGGUUCUGUUGGCCAAAGUUGAUUUACCCUCAAUUCUUUCACCUUAUCAUCCAGAAAGCGCCGAGAAAUUCGUUGAAGAAUACGAACAAGCCGUUGCAUUUCUUAAAACGUUUAUUCAACCGGUAGAAAACAACGAUGGCAAGAAGCCGAUAUUUGUCACCGAUUGGGAUGGCACAAUGAAAGAUUACUGCUCACAAUAUGCAACAAAUCUUCAGCGUUUCACUCGUGUAAGUGCCGUACUGACAGCAGGUCCGUUACGUGGCCCAGGUAUACUUGAUUUGACAGCAAUGCCAAUCGAUGGUCCAGUGAUGUUCAGCGGUUCAUGGGGACGAGAGUGGUGGCUUUCGGGCAAACGAGUGGUUCACGAAGAUGGAAUCUCUGAUGAAGGCUUCAGUGCCCUGCAACGACUCGGUGAAGAGAUGAAAGAUUUGCUUCAUUCCUCAGACUAUGCUCCGUUUGCACUGGUUGGUAGUGGUGUGCAACGAAAAGUGGAUCGUCUAACGCUUGGCGUGCAAACCGUUUGUCGCCAUGUAACGCAGGAGCUCUCGUCCAGGUAUCAAAAUGCUGUAAAAGAGCGAAUGCAUCGUGUGGAUCCGGACAGUCGAGUGAGUGGCCCUUUUUACUGUUUUUAA